CGUGAAAAGAUCCCUUUAAUUUAAGCAGGCAAUACACUACUCUAAUGAAACUGUAGAUCUAGCUGGACCUAGUUUAACGAGAUUAAAUGGACUAUGUUAAUUCGGCCGCUUUACAUAAACACGUACAUUUGGUAGUAAACAUACACGAUUUAAACGUGAACUAGCACAACGGUCUAUUUUCUUUUAAAUGCAACAUCAACAACGAAGUAUGGAUGUGCAAUAUACUUAAUAUGUAUGGACAACAUGUUAUUUUGCGGAAUUGUGGGAUUAGUUUUGUAUAUUUAUUAAUCAAAACGGGUGCAUGACAUUCUCGGACUGUUCGCAACGUUUAAAGUGUGUUGCAGACGGUAUCACUGAAAUCACAAUUUAAACGUAACAUACGUCGGUAAUUUAUCAAGUGCAUUUGUCUCUAUUUUGAUUCUGACACUUCCGAUAAAGUGUGCCAUUACGGACAGCUGCCACAUCGGUGCCUUAAAUUAACCGCUUAAGUAAAUCCGCACUGAUAUUUUUCGGCUUCAUUAAGCUCUGUUAACCGGAAGUGACGUAAAAUAUGUUAGGCCUGUCCAAAGCUAGAACAGUCGUAAGACUGUUUAACAGCAAGUGUGACUGGAUAAUCCGUGAUGGCCAGUAUUUCCAAUUGUGCAGACGCUCUUUUUCCACCGGAUUUUGCUCCCGACAACAGACUGUCGGGUACGGCAGCUCCAUCGUCAGCCCGACACGUGCCGUCGGCAAUGAAGCUGCUGCGUCUACAAACGCCGACGCAGUUGCGGAUUAUUCGAACGUGUUUAAGUACAAGAGCACCGCUGAGCUUCUUCGGGCGAUUUUCGUCUUCAAACUUUGCACCUACCAGAUAUUCGUCAAGAACAGUUUAUGGGUGAUGAACUCUUCAAGACGGCUGCUGGGUCGGCGACUGUUCGACCGGCUGAUGAAGGUGACGUUCUACGGCCAAUUCGUAGCCGGCGAGACACGUGCGGAGCUUCUGGCGUCGUCGUCAUCGUUACUGAAGGCGGGCGUCCGACCGAUACUCUGUGUUCCUAUAGAAGAAGACAAGGGGGCGAACGUGAGUGAAGCAGCAGUGUACGAACGCAACUUCCGAAUGGUUAUGGAAUGCGUACGAACCUCACCGGAAGUGUGCAAAGAUGUGCCUGUCGCCCAGCUUAAGCUCACAGCAGUGGUUCCCGGACGGCUUUGCGGCAUACUUAGCGAGCAGGUCACGUGUCCAGCAAAGCACUACGAACUUCUGGAGAAGAUACGUGGUUAUAUGGAUGGGGAACCAGUGGACCUCGGCUUUCUUGAGGCCGGUGAUCAACGGGCGCUAGAGGCGGCACUGUCCAGGGUGCGAGACAUAUGUCGGUUGUCCGAAGAGCUAGGAGUUCUUCUGCUUAUCGACGCCGAAUAUACUGACUUGAACCCUGCUCUGCGAUUGAUCAGUCUUGCCGCCAUGUUAAAGUUCAACAAGAAACGACCUUUGGUUGCGUACACCUACCAAAACUACCUUAAGAAGUGCUAUAGCGAACUGGUCGAAGAUGUCGAAUUCACCGCUCGCCAAGGGGCCUGUUUUGCAGCCAAGGUCGUGCGCGGGGCGUAUAUGCAAUCGGAGCGUCGCCUAGCAACCGAGAAGGGCCACGAAGAUCCCGUUCACGAGAAUUUCGAGGCCACCACGGCGAUGUAUCAUCGAUCCGCGGACUUCCUGUUGGAUCGAGCUGUGGCAACGCCGGACCGGAUAUGCUUCAUAAUAGCCUCGCACAACGAAGGGACGCUUAAUUAUGUGAACAGGCGACUGGGAGAGUUGGGCGUGCCGCCUGGAGGUCGGGCAGUACUUUUCGGACAGCUGUACGGAAUGGCCGACCACCUGUCAGCAAAACUUGCCCAGAGCGGUCACCUCGUGUACAAGUCCGUACCGUACGGUCCGGUAGACGAAACACUUCCUUACCUCCAGAGGCGUGCAGUGGAAAACUCCUCGCUACUCGGGGGGACGGGUCAGGAGCGGCGGAUACUCUGGACGGCCCUGAAACAACGCCUUUCCCACCUUCAACAGUGACUCAACCAGAGACGUAUCUAGUAUCUUCGUCUCUAACUCAACCUGGCAUCGGAAUUUUAUUAAACAUUUUUAAACAGUGCUUUAAAUGUCAUGCUUAACUUUCGAUCAUUUUAUCCUUGUUUAAAAAAAGUGACGUGUUCUACAAAGCUUGAUAUUUGACACGACAGUAAAACAGUUAAACAUCGCGAUAAAGUUCACAUGCAUAAAAAUCUCGUUGCUUAGCAAGCGUAUCUGAUUUGACCUUCACAAACACCCGACUCCUGACACGCCGAUAUUGUCAACGCUUUUAUUUACCAACACACAUCUUUACAAAUGAGCGAUUGCUAGCAAAUUUGUAUUGUGUGAAUUAAAACAUGCGUUUUCGUCUGAAAGUAGCCCAGUUCGCUCAAUAACCAUAAGUAUAUACUUGUAAUUUGACACCAUUUUCAGGUAUCAAUAGAUUCUAGUGUGCCCUUCAAAAAAAGCCAACCCUCGGGAGAGCCAUUGCACAGCAACCGAAUAUGGCGUGCCCGAAAACAAGUUCUGAUAUGCGGUGCGAUCUAACACUGAUUUUUGCACUUUCUUUUUUAAUUGAACUGGGUAAUACGGGAUUUUUUUUGCGCCACACUCCUAAAGUUAAGAAUGGUGGUCAUAAAAAACUGUGAAUAUUAAAUUUGCAUUAUCUAUUUAAAUUUGAUGUUCAAUACACAUUGUGACACUAAUUUAAGCAGUUUUUAUUAAAUAAAAUCAUGUGCAUAUUUUGUGUCAUAGUACCUUUAAUGUUGGAUUAUGAUCAGUGAGAUUGGAUCAAUUUGUUACACUUGUUGAACUAUUGGUCAUUUUGGAAGAUAAUUCGAGUGAACAUAUCAUUGAAUCGUAAAAAUAAGCAGAAAUAUACGUUUUUUAUUGCGAUUGCUUAAAAAUCAAAUCAAAUACGAAAGUAUUAAUAAAAUGAUGAUUAUAUAUGCAAACAAAUUCUACGAAUAUAUGAAUAAAACAGAAGUAAACUU